AUGGCUGGUCCGCUUCACACUUACGGACCGACCUGUCUACUGGCCGACGAUGAUCCCGACCCUUCCACAUGGUAUUCUCUAUCUGAACCGCCCAAAGUUCGAGCGCAGUUUUUCUACACCUCGUCUCUACCGAUCGAUGAUCCCUUAAGCGCACUGCCUCCGCCGUCCAGCGGUCAAACUGCGAAGAAUGAACGGGCACCACCGCAGCCAUUUUCUGUUAAGGACAACAUAGCGCUCGAGGAAGCGUGGCGGAAUCUUCGGGAAACAACGAGUGAAAGGGCGGCCGGGUCGAAGAAGCCUCCGACUGUCGUGAGGAACGCAGGUAUAGCUGUACCAGGGAAGGAAUCGGUCAAUGACACGGAGAGGAGGCAUACAGGCAGCCGUGGAGAUGGAAGCCUCACUGGGAUUGAUGAGAGUCCACCGAAUAACCAUACUUCGUCUACCGACGAUCAGCCAUUUCGCAGUAGCAGAGGAGAUGCAGUCGGCGGUACGGGUGACAGUGUGCCAUGGGGCAGAUCGCAAGCUGGCUCUGCACAGGACGAUGGGUCUGACAAUCACAACCAGAGAAAAAUGGAACUGUUCUUAAGCGACCAAGACAAUGCUGCAAAACGCGUUGCAGGUACACCCUCAGCGAGCGAAAAUCCAUCAAUGGGGGGAUUCGAGGGUGGAAGUCUACCGGGUAAAUCAUCUCAUGAUGCGAGCAUUAGCGGCUCGCCGUUUGCUAGAGCUCCUAUUGCUCAGUUACAAAGCCCGCUAGGUCGCUCGGUUGAAUCUGUCUCCUCAAAGGGUGGAAGCUCGAAUAUCCAGGCUGAACCCUAUUACGCCGGGCCGCAUCAUACUGCGACGAAGCCCUCAGACCUGAGAAACAGUAUUGGUCAAGACAACUCGUCAGAAGGACCUAUAAUAGAAGCUGGAGCAGUUGACCAGGACACUUCUCAGUUGAAGGUUCCCGUCGGUGUUUCCCGACUUCACCUGGUGGAGUUACCGAAUCUAAAGAUGAAACCCAUAUACUGGAGUCCUCUUCAUGAUGAAUCGAAUGUUCUGCGUGCUACUUGGUUUUACAAGAACACAAUGCUUCCAGUAGAAACAGAGCUCGCCAACAAGCUUGAGGAUGGAUACAUUUAUCUGAAACCCUGGACAGACACAUGGCAGGACGAACUCGACAGCUGCGUUGAGAACGGAGCCGACGCGGAAAUGAAAAUCGUGCACAAACUGUGGCCGAAACCCGAUCCGAAAUCCCACAGCACACCUACUUCACGCCCUGGAUCUAGCGCUCAGGUAAGAAGUGCAGGUCCGGAUUCUGACUCGCCAACGUUUGAAGAAAAUCGAGCUGCUGGUGGGACGACUGCACAUACUGAAGCCGCCAGGCCCUUUUUGAAUUCCAGUGUCAUAUAUGUUGAUGGUAGGAAUGCUCAAAUUCUCAGACCCAGCUUGCUUCCUUCUGUUUCAAGAGGGAGGCGACCUCUCAGUUCCAUUCGCAAGGGUCGACAUAUUGGAAUACCCGUGGUCCGUGGCUUCAGCCGUCGCUCAUGGGAACAGCUACAUCCAUCUAAACCCAGUCCUGUAGAUGUAAGAAAUUACCUCCGAAUCCAAUCGCGAGCAAUGUCCAGGACGGAUGGUAGACAAGUCUGCUAUGCCUGUGCAAUGGAAGGAUCGCGACCUACUCCGACGGACUUGGUGUUGGUCAUCCACGGCAUUGGUCAGAAGCUAUCGGAACGUAUGGAGAGCUUCCAUUUUACGCAUGCAAUCAAUGCCUUCCGCAGGAAUAUCAACAUGGAACUGAAUAACGAGCCAGUCUGGCAUCAUGUGCGCCGGGACCAUGGCGGGAUCAUGGCCCUACCCGUCAAUUGGCGAUCGACGCUAUCCCUGGCGGAUGGCAGCCUCGAGUCUGAGAUUUCUGAUGAUCCAACUGCAAAUCGCUACUCGCUGAACGACAUCACGCCGGAGACAAUUCCGGCCGUCAGGUCAUUGAUCAGUGAUGUCAUGCUCGACAUUCCCUACUACUUAUCACAUCACAAGCCGAAGAUGAUUCAAGCAGUUGUCAAAGAAGCGAAUCGAAUAUUUCGACUGUGGUGCAAGAACAACCCCGGGUUCCAGAAGCACGGUCGUGUGCACCUGAUUGCACACUCUCUAGGAAGCGCUAUGGCUAUAGAUAUCCUCAGUCAUCAGCCGACCAAGCUACCAGAUAUUGAUUUCGCAACGACGAGCGUCCGCAAUGAUAUUUUCGAGUUUGACACGAAGAAUCUUUUCCUUUGUGGUAGUCCUGUCGGCUUUUUCUUGCUCUUGAAUAAAGCGAACCUCUUGCCACGGCGAGGUAGAGAUAAGCCCGGCUAUGAAGGCGAGGAUCGACUUCGUGGUGUUGCAGGCGAGGCAGACACCUAUGGUUGUUUGGCCAUUGAUAACCUCUACAACAUCAUGCACACUACAGACCCAAUCGCAUAUCGUGUCAAUGCCGCAGUGGACGUUGACCUUGCCAAUUCUUUAAAGGUCGCUUCAAUCCCAGGCACAUCAUCCUCCUUCUGGGAAUCUUUCGGCAGUGUCUUUCGCUGGAGCACGUCCACUGCUUCCGCGCCUAAUCGUCCUGCGACCAUUACCAAGCUCCCUUCCAACGUGGAAAUGGAGACACAUGAUUUCACACGCGAGGAUAUCGCAGAGAAACGCAUGUUACUCCUUAACGAUAACGGCCAAAUAGACUAUUUCAUUUCCGGCGGUGGUGGACCACUGAACAUUCAAUAUCUGAACAUGCUGAGUGCGCAUAGCAGUUACUGGAUCCUAUCAGACUUUGUUCGCUUUAUCGUCAUAGAGGUAGCCCGCGAGCAGGGGAGGGAAUCGACAUUGCCUGCAUUCAGGGCUGAGAAGAAGAAGGGAUGGAAGUUACAUAAAGGUUGA